CCUCCUAUUCUUCCUCCUCCUGGUCUCUCAAGUUAGUUGGAGAAAUCAAAUCUGUCAGGACGGGCGGAAAAAUGCCACUUCCCGACUAACAGGCGGAAUCCAGCCCAGAUUUUCAAUCCUUUCUUCUUCUUCUUUCUUCCCUUUCACUAAUUUAUCGCGGUGUUAGCACAUUCUGUCUUGUUACUAGCGGACGCCUGUAGGUUUGCUACAUGGGAUCAUUACUUACUGAUCACGGUGACUGAAGUCUGGAACUGAAGGCGGAAUGAGAAGUUGGGAAAACUUUUUUCUCUAAGCUCUCUCGCUCGCUUAUUUUUUUUCCUUUUUUUUUUUUUUAAACACCCUAUUAUUCUCGAUGCUUGUUAAGAAGGAAAAAAACCUUUGGGGCUUCAGUUGUGAACGUGAAACAUUAUCUUCCAGCUGUACAGUGACACAUUUUUUUAAGGAGAAAAGGACUCCUGAUCCGUGUGCCGAAAGAGGGGGUGGGGACGUGGAAUAAUGUUAUCCAGGGAUUACUCUGGCUGAGAUGUGUUAUUCGGUUUCUUCCUUCUUGAUCAUUUGGUGUUUAAGUAAAAUGAGGCACAGGCUUGUUUGCUGAGUGGAGUGGGAAAUGCAUUUUGAUUUGCUGGCCUAAUUAAAAAUGAUAAAGGAUUAAAGGAAAAAAGGUUGCACCUGGGCUGACGGGCGUCUUUGUGGAGCAGGAAAAUAAAGAAGCUUGGAAGAAUUCUGGUGAUUACCCUUUUCUUUAAGAGCAGUCCCAGAGGAGCUAAACGAAUGUCCCCUCAUCUCCCAAGGAAAGUUCAUCGGAUUCUUAUUCGAGAGAGUUCGUCUUCAGGAUGUCAGUGAACAUUUCUACGGCAGGUAAAGGUGUGGAUCCAAAUACCGUUGAUACUUACGACAGUGGCGAUGAUUGGGAAAUCGGGGUUGGCAAUCUAAUCAUUGAUUUGGACGCCGAUCUGGAGAAAGACAGACAGAAAUUUGAGAUGAAUAAUUCCACCAACACCACUAGCAGCAGCAGCAGCAGCAGCAGCAGCUCUAAGGAUUGCGGAGGUCCGGCCUCCAGCGCCGAGGGCCUCAAGUUCGCUUCCGUGCACCCCUCGGCCGCGCAGGGGAGUUCCCACAAAGAGCCCAGCAAAUCCAAAGUGAAAAGGAGUAAAACUUCCAAGGAUGCUAAUAAAUCUCUCCCUUCGGCCGCCUUGUACGGGAUUCCCGAGAUCAGCAGCGCUGGCAAGAGGCAGGAAGUCCAAGGGCGCCCUGGAGAGGCGGCUGGCAUGAAUUCCGCCCUGGGUCAAAGUGUGAGCGGCGGCGGCGGCGGGGGCGGCGGCGGCGGGGGCGGGGGCGGCGGCGGCGGGAACCCCCACGGCCACGGCCCGGGCCCCGCCGCCGCCCCCGCCGCCGCCCCCGCCGCCCCCGCCGCCGGCCCCUGCGGGAAGAGCAAGGACGAGAAGCCGGGCAAGGGCCCGAGCAGCCGGGGCGCCAAGCGCGACAAGGAGGCGGGCAAGUCCCGCAAGGACCGGCACGACCCCCUGCCGGCGCACGCGGGCGGCGGCGGCGCCCCGGCCGCCCCGGGGGCUCACCUGUACGGCUUCGGGGCCAAGGGCCACGGGGGCGGCGCGAGCCCCUUCCACGCCGGGGCCGCCGGGGAGGCGGUGGGCAAAGGCGCCCCGGACGCGGGCGUCGUGGGAAACUCUCUGUUGGUCAAGAAGGAAGAGGAGGAGGAGGAGGGCCACCGGCGCAUCAAGAAGCUGAAGACCGACAAGGUUGACUCCCUGUUUACAGUGCCAGCACCACCGCCGCCGAUCGCCAGCAGUCUCACGCCUCAGCUUCUGCCCUCCUACUUUCCCCCAUCCUCAUCCAGUAUCGCAGCACCGGUGGAGCAGCUGUUGGUCCGGACUCGGUCCGUGGGUGUCAAUACGUGCGAAGUGGGAGUAGUGACGGAGCCGGAGUGCCUUGGGCCCUGUGAACCUGGGACCAGCGUGAACUUGGAGGGGAUUGUGUGGCACGAGACCGAAGAAGGUGUCCUCGUGGUCAACGUCACAUGGAGGAACAAAACUUACGUGGGAACCCUGCUGGACUGCACCAAGCAUGACUGGGCCCCUCCCAGGUUUUGUGAAUCACCAACAAGCGACCUGGAGAUGAGAGGAGGCCGGGGCAGAGGGAAGAGAGCCAGGUCGGCCGCGGCGGCCCCCGGCUCUGAGGCUAGCUUCACGGAGUCCAGGGGGCUGCAGAGCAAGAACAGAGGGGGCGCCAAUGGCAAGGGGAGGCGCGGCAGCCUCAACGCCAGUGGGCGAAGGACACCCCCAAACUGCGCUGCGGAGGACAUCAAAGCCAGCCCCUCCUCCACCAACAAGAGGAAAAACAAGCCUCCCAUGGAGCUGGACUUAAACUCCAGCUCGGAGGACAGCAAGCCUGGGAAACGCGUCCGCACCAACUCCAGGAGCACUCCCACCACCCCACAAGGAAAACCUGAGACUGCUUUUUUGGACCAAGGCUGCUCUUCCCCGGUGUUAAUUGACUGCCCCCACCCAAACUGCAACAAGAAGUACAAGCACAUUAACGGCCUGAGGUACCACCAGGCGCAUGCACAUUUAGACCCCGAAAACAAGCUGGAGUUUGAGCCCGACAGCGAGGACAAGAUCUCAGACUGCGAGGAGGCCUUGAGUCAUGUGGCUCUCGAAUGCGGCGAGCCGAGCACCAGCGCGUCAGCCUAUGACCACGUGAAGGCACCCGUGUCCCCUGGGGCUGGGAACCCUCCUGGGACCCCCAAGGGAAAGAGGGAGUUAAUGAGCAACGGCCCAGGGUCUCUAAUUGGCUCGAAAACUGGGAAAAACUCUGGGAAAAAGAAGGGUCUUAACAGUGAGCUGAACAACCUUCCGGUCAUUUCCAACAUGACAGCCCCGUUAGACACCUGCCCAGUCCCCGAUGGCAGCUUGGCUGCGGAAAUGCCCAAGCUGGAAGCAGAAGGCCUGAUUGACAAGAAAACCCUGGGAGACAAAGAAAAGGGUAAAAAAGCUAACAAUUGCAAGAUGGAUAAAAACCUCUCCAAACUGAAAAGCGCCCGGCCCAUUGCCCCGGCCCCAGCCCCCACGCCCCCCCAACUCAUCGCCAUACCCACCGCAGCCUUUACCACCACCACCACGGGCACCAUCCCGGGACUGCCCUCCCUCACCACCACCGUCGUCCAGGCUACACCAAAGAGCCCUCCGCUGAAACCCAUCCAACCAAAGCCCACCAUUAUGGGAGAGCCCAUUACUGUGAACCCCGCUCUAGUGUCCCUCAAAGACAAAAAGAAAAAGGAGAAACGAAAGCUUAAGGACAAAGAAGGGAAAGAGACAGGAAGCCCAAAAAUGGACGCCAAGCUGGGGAAACUGGAGGACUCGAAGGUGGCUGGCAAAGACUUGCCUGGGCAUUUUUUAAAGGAUCAUCUCAGUAAGAACGAAGGGCUGGCCAAUGGGCUGCCGGAGUCUCAGGAGAGCCGGAUGGCCAGCAUCAAAGCUGAAGCCGACAAGGUGUACACGUUCACCGACAACGCCCCCAGCCCCUCCAUCGGGAGCGCCUCGAGGAUGGAGUGCAGUGCGCUGGUGAACGGGCAGGCGCCCAUGGCACCCCUGCACGUGUUGACCCAAAACGGGGCUGACAGUUCAGCUGCCAAGACCAGCAGCCCCGCCUAUUCCGACAUAUCUGAUGCUGCGGAGGACGGCGGCUCCGACAGCAGGUCAGAGGGCAUGAGGUCAAAGGCCAGCUCCCCGUCAGACCCCAUUCCUGGGAAGGACGGUAUUGUCAAAGGGCAUUCCUCCACCACAGCGCAAUCGUCACAACUGAAGGAGUCCCACUCUCCCUAUUACCAUGGCUACGAUCCGUACUAUUCUCCAAGUUACAUGCACCCAGGCCAGACCAGUGCCCCCAUGGCUGGGAGCAACGGGAGCAGCCAGGGAAUGAAGAUCAAGAAGGAGUCGGAGGAAGAUUCAGAGAAGAAAGACAAGACAGAGCAAUUAGAGGCUAAGAAAGUGGACCACCCCUCUGCCUCCCUGCAGCCUCAGCACCAGUCGGUGAUCACGCAGAGACACCCGGCUCUGGCUCAGUCACUGUAUUAUGGCCAGUAUGCCUAUGGACUUUACAUGGACCAGAAGUCUCUCAUGGCUACCAGCCCCGCCUAUAGACAGCAAUAUGAGAAGUACUAUGAGGAUCAGAGGCUGGCAGAACAGAAAAUGGCCCAGACUGGGAGGGUCGACUGUGAAAGGAAGUCUGAGCUCCCCUUGAAAGAGCUGAGCAAGGAAGACAGUAAGCAGAAAAACAUACCAUCAGCCACCAUCUCAAAAGCCCCCUCUACUCCAGAGCCUAACAAAAACCAUGCUAAACUAGGGCCGUCAGGGCCCAGUAAGAGUGAGGAGACAGGUAAAUCGCAGCUCCUCUGCAAUCACCAGCAGCAGCUUCAGGCCGACAGCUUCAAAGCUAAGCAGAUGGAAAACCACCAGCUAAUUAAGGAGGCUGUAGAAAUGAAAUCUGUCAUGGAUUCUAUGAAGCAGACAGGUGUAGACCCAACCUCAAGAUUUAAACAAGAUCCAGAUUCGAGGACAUGGCAUCAUUAUGUAUACCAACCCAAAUACUUGGAUCAGCAAAAGUCAGAAGACCUUGACAGAGAGAAGAAAUUAAAAGAAGAUAGUCCAAGGAAAACUCCGAAUAAAGAGAGUGGCGUGCCCAGCCUUCCCGUGUCACUAACAAACAUAAAGGAGGAGCCCAAAGAGGCCAAGCGUCUUGAUUCUCAGUCCGUGGAGGAAAACAAGUUGAAAAAUGAUGAUCGAAAGACUCCUGUGAACUGGAAGGACUCUCGGGGAACCAGAGUGGCUGUGUCCUCCCCCAUGAGCCCGCAUCAGUCGUACAUCCAGUACCUGCAUGCGUAUCCUUACCCACAGAUGUACGACCCCAGCCACCCCGCGUACCGGGCCGUGUCUCCCGUCCUAAUGCACAGUUAUCCUGGGGCCUACCUCUCUCCAGGAUUUCAUUAUCCUGUUUAUGGGAAGAUGUCAGGAAGAGAGGAGACAGAGAAAGUCAAUACCAGCCCCAGCAUCAACACGAAAACAACCACUGAAUCCAAAGCGCUGGACUUGCUCCAGCAGCACGCCAACCAGUACCGCAGCAAGUCUCCCGCCCCUGUGGAAAAGACUUCGGCGGAGCGGGAACGGGAAGCAGAGCGGGAGAGGGACCGCCACUCCCCCUUCGGCCAGCGGCACCUGCACACGCACCACCACACCCACGUUGGCAUGGGCUACCCUCUGAUCCCUGGGCAAUACGACCCUUUUCAAGGCUUGACCUCGGCUGCCCUGGUUGCCUCUCAGCAGGUGGCUGCCCAGGCCUCAGCAUCGGGAAUGUUCCCUGCACAAAGAAGGUAA